AUGGAGCAGGGGGGCGGUGGCGGGGGGAGCCUCGAACUAGCUGUGGGUGGAGGCGGCGGCGGGAACACGGAUUUGUGUCUUCAGGAUCUCGUUACGGGAUCGACGGCCGGUCUGUCGAUCCAGCAUCAUCAGCACGCGCCCACCUCGGCAUCCAUGGUUGGUAUACACGGUGAUCAUCUCCAAGGAACCAUACAUCAUCAUGAUAUCCAUGGAAACUCGCACCAUGAUACCACCAUGGUCCACAAUUCCACCCACCAACUGCAUCAGCCGUUGGAGAAACUUAAACUAUGCGCGCAGGGCAACUUCCGGGAAGACAUGAACGAGGGUUUGACAAGGCUCGAUUUGACGGGUCAUGGAGCUCACACCCCCGGUGGCAGCAACCCCAGUACACCGCGUGCAACACCCACGACACCCUCCAGUGGAUUUUCUACCGCACAGUCCAGGUCCCGCAGGAACUCGACACACAGGCCGGAUAUUCGAAAAGGUGUUUGGACGCCGAUAGAGGUGAAAGACGAAUUGGGUACAGCCGGAGGGGUGGUUUCACCCAGUGCUGUCGGUGGUGAAAACGACACGGACGAUAAAGAUGGGAAAAAGAACAAAAGCAAAAGAAGACAAAGGACACAUUUCACGUCAUACCAACUUCAGGAACUAGAAGCUUUGUUCACGAGAAAUCGGUAUCCGGAUAUUACCGCCAGGGAAGAGAUAGGUGUGUACACGAAUCUUCCGGAACCACGAGUCAGGGUAUGGUUCAAGAACAGAAGAGCAAAAUGGCGGAAGAAGGAGCGCAACGCGAACGCGGCUGCGGCAACAGUGGACUUCAAGAUGGGCUUCAGCGCGGCAAGUUUGAACGGUUUCAUCACUCAGCCAUUCCCCGAUCCAGACGCACUCUAUAGUUCGUACAGCACGUACAACAACUGGGCAAAAGUGCCCUCGCCCUUGAGCAGUAAAAGCUUUCCAUGGGUGAACACGCUCGGUUCCGUGGUACCAACGGCGUCGCACCAUCACCAUCACUCGCAAGUGAGCCCGGUGAACUGUUUCAACGCCUCAGCGACGUCCGUCGCAGGCAACCAUAUGGACGGAAUGCCUGUCUCGGUGGGCCAGGCUGCCACGUCGAUGUUGCCAGGGAUGGGAUCGGGCUUAGCCGGCUCGCCCGUGGCAGCGUCAGGUGCCGCAUGCCCUUACGCUGCGCCCGCAGCGCCACACCACCCUUAUGGACCACCGGUGUACACGCCACACCAUAGGACAGCGUCGGCUCCUGAAAGCUGUACCGUGAUGACGUCGAGUAGCAUCGCCUCGUUACGAUUGAAGGCUAGGCAACACAGCAAUGGGUACAGCCUAAGCGGUAGUUCCUACAACAUACACAGCACACCUGUCUCCGCUGCGGGCAGUCCGGUCAGUUCCAGAGCGUCCUCCGUCGGCGGAGGCCUCAGCGCGUGCCAGUAUGCCCUGACGACCACGGGUGAGGCGAACCCACACUCGCCAAGCAACGAGACCCACGUGAACGCCACCAGCAGAGCCCAGGUCUGAGGUGAAG